CCGAUCAAGAAAAAAAGUGAAUAAAAAAUCUACAGCUCAUAAACAUAAAACAGUGGGUUAAACACAACAGAUUUAUACUUCUGGGAUUGUAGACACCUAUAUCUCUGCUCUGUAGGUACGUGGUGUUCAUGCAAAAUUGCAGAUAUAUAGCAACAAAAUCGGUUGAAAGUUCCGGGAAGUUUCGAUUUUUCUCACCCCCACACCGCACCGCAACGCAACACUUGUUGUUCUAUACAUAUAUACGUUAUAGUACUGCAACUUUUCCCUUCUACUCAUCACCGUCUUCUUCAAUUAUUCUCCCCGCUGGUUUGCAGAUAGUUUUUGGGUGCGAAUUGAAGCUCCCAUUGUUGUUGUUGGGAAUGGGUUCUUUCGAGGGGAAGUUGGAUUUGGAGAAUGGGGGGUGGGGGUCAACGAAGGCGGAGGUGGAGGAGCAUCCCGCCGGCGCCGGCGCUUCUUGUAGGACGGCUCACAGCUUGUCUUCGUCAAUGGUGAGGAAGAAAUCGGACCCGGAGCUUGUUUCCCGGGUCCGAUUUCGGGUUCUCCGGGAUUUCUUGGCUAAUCUCCAGGAAGUGAUUCUUGGAACCAAGCUCUGUGUGCUUUUUCCGGCCAUCCCUUUGGCCGUUCUUGCCCAGUUCUAUAGUUUUGGAAGACCGUGGAUUUUUGCAUUGAGUUUACUGGGUUUAGCACCGCUUGCUGAAAGAGUCAGCUUCUUGACCGAGCAAAUUGCGAAUUACACUGGUCCAACAGUGGGAGGAUUGCUGAAUGCAACAUGUGGGAAUGCGACAGAGCUGAUUAUAGCAUUGCUUGCUCUUCAUCAGAGAAAGAUUCAUGUGGUGAAAUACUCCCUCUUGGGGUCCAUUCUCUCCAACCUUCUCCUUGUUCUUGGAAGCUCUCUUUUCUGUGGGGGAUUGGCCAAUAUCAAGAAGGAGCAGAGAUUUGACAGAAAACAGGCAGAUGUGAAUGCAUUUCUGUUGUUGCUGGGAUUGCUGUGCCUCAUGCUGCCAUUGAUGUUUAGAUACUCUUUUGAGGCUGGGGAUUAUGCUGCCACUUCAGUGCUGUGGCUGUCCAGAGUUAGCAGCAUUUUCAUGUUUGUGGCUUACAUUGCUUACCUCUUCUUCCAGCUCAAAACUCACCGACAGUUCUUUGAGGCUCCAGAGGAGGAAGGGGAUAAGCUAUCUGAAGAUGAGGCUGUAAUUGGAUUCUGGAGUGCAUUUGUCUGGUUGAUUGCCAUGACAAUCACCAUCGCGUUGCUAUCUGAGUACGUGGUUGGCACAAUUGAGGCUGCCUCGGAUUCGUGGGGACUGUCAGUGAGCUUUAUCAGCUUAAUUUUGCUGCCCAUUGUUGGGAAUGCGGCAGAGCAUGCUGGGUCAAUCAUCUUUGCUUUCAAGAACAAGUUGGACAUUUCUUUGGGUGUUGCUCUGGGGUCUGCUUCUCAAAUUUUGAUGUUCGUGGUUCCAUUGUGUGUUCUUGUGGGGUGGAUAAUGGGCACGAGGAUGGAUCUGGAUUUCAGCCUUCUGGAAACGGGUUCUCUUGUAAUCUCAAUCAUCCUAACUGCAUUCACCUUGCAGGAUGGAACCUCACACUACAUGAAAGGAGUGAUUCUGUGCCUUUCCUACUGCGCCAUUGCCGCCUGCUUCUUCCUCCAUAAACUUCCCGUCGGCCAAGACCCGGGAAGCAAACCGACCGGAGUGAAGACCGCCUAACUGUCUCCAUCUCUUCUCCCCAACUGAUCUGAAGUAAAACUGGAGCUUAAACAAAGCCUUUUACCAGAGCAUUUGUUGAUUCAAAAAAAGUUGUUAAUUUUAAAGGAAUGUUAGUUUGACGCAUUAAUGGCAGGGCUGCAUGCAUGCAUGCGUUAUAUUUUCUUGAAUUUUCCCAUAAAAAUGGCGGCGGCAGCAACAACAUAUAGCAAUGGAGGAACCAAAUAAAUAAAGAGAAGAAGAUUGGAGUCUCGGUCUACUCCUUAGCUUGGUUUCUAUUUAAUAUAAUUGUCAAAAUUUGAUUUGGUAUUUAGAGUGAUUUGUUGUAUUUGUAUAUGUCAUGUCAUAAUUAAUAAACUUUCCAAUUUCUAUAUAUAUGUUGUUGGAAUGGGUUUUAA